AUGUCCGAGGAACGAGCCCCGCGCUCCCGCUUUGACAGCGACGACGCUGACCGCCCCGUCCGCUCGCGCUUCGAUACCGACCGCCGCUCACGCUCGCCUUCGCGACGCGAGUCCGAGUCGCAUCGCGCGCGCAGCCCAGUCACUCGUGAAGCUUCAGACAGCCCCGCCGCCGGUGGCAUCAAGAACAAGGCAGCAGCAGCAGCGGCUGCGGCGGCUGCGAGGAUCAACGCGCAGAUCCAAGCGAAGAAGGGCAUCCAGCAUGUCGACGUGCCACCUAUUCGCUCUGUAUGUGCCAGCUUUGUGCCGCUUCACAUGUGCAACACUAACGCAUCUCAGGUGCCUACUCCUCCAGUCGUCAAGUCGCCCUCUGCUGGCCCCGGCCAGGCUGUCUCCAGCGACAUCUAUCAGCAGGACGGGGACUUUAUCAAGGACAUUGAGAUCAACGAUCUGCGUAACCGUUACACACUGACUAAAGGAGCUGUACAAAAAAGGGAUCAUGCUUUCCUUGCAGUCUCUGCGUCAUCUGCCCAGUGCGGAACCGUCGAGCUGCAAGCUUGCUUCGUGUCCAAGGAAGGUCUGGACAAAGCCACCAAGAUGAUCGAGGAGAUGAUGAAAGAAGAUCUGCCUAACCUUGUAGAUGAGCGCCGUUUCCGUCGCCGCGAACCAGACAACGUUGAGCGCGACGAGUAUGGCCGACGCAAAUGGCCUGAAGAGAAGAUCUUUGUAGGUCUUGAGCCCAUCAGUGGCUUUAACCUGCGAGCACAGGUAGUUGGUCGUGGUGGCGACAACGUCAAGUACAUCCAGCAAGAAACCACCUGCAAGGUCCAGAUCAAGGGUCGCGGCUCCGGCUUCAUGGAGCCACAGUCCGGAACGGAGAGCGACGAGCCCAUGUAUCUGCAUAUUGCCGGACCUCGUCCCGAAGGUGUAGCCCGUGCCAAGGAGCUUUGCGAUGAGCUUCUCGAGAAGGUAAAAGCCGACUACCAAGCUUUCAAGGAUCGACCACCGCAAAGCCGCAACUAUGGUGACAGAGAGGGCUACGGAAAUGGACGCCCGUCAUAUGGUGAUCGAGGCGACCGCGGUGACCGUGAUCGGAGCCAAAGCUACGGCGGCUAUGGCGGAGGCCAGAGUGCUUAUGGUGGACAUGGAGCUUAUGGAGCCUCUAACGACGCCAGAUCACCUUCUGCUGCUACUCCUGCUGAUCAGAACGCCCAAGCCGUCGACUACAACGCUCAGUACGCCCAAUGGGCCGCUUACUAUGCUCAGAACCCUGCCGAGGAUCCCUAUGCAGCCUACGGUGGCUUCGCGGCUGUCAUGGCUCAGUACUCACAAGCAGGUGCUGCCCAGCCUACUGCCGCAGCAGGCUACGGUGCGUACUAUGGUCAAGCUUACGGUCAGACACAGUCGCCUGCUCCUGGUGCUGGUGCUGGAGUACCACCACCACCUCCUCCAUCCGACAACACGGGCUAUGGAGCACCACCGCCACCACCGCCUCCCGCUGCUUCGCCUCCAGGUGGCUACGGCGCGGUUCCUCCACCUCCCGGUCUGUAA